UUCGGCUCAGACAUUGAUAGAGUGAAUUGGUCUACCAUUUCUUGAAAUCUCUAUUUUGAAUUCAAGAUUGUGGUGUAACGCGUAUCCCUUUUCCUUUUGUUCCGGUCAUGGAAUAAAUGAAAUAAAUAGAAAAAAGGAAAUUUGUUCAAGAAUGAAAUCUUAUUGGAAUUAUCCAUAUCUAGUUCAUCUUUUGAAAACCAUUUCCCAUUUCGGAUAUGAUGAAAUAUGAUUAAAUAGGACAAUGCAAAUUCUUUCUAAAAAAAUCAGCAUUCUACUUCUCAUGUCUCCUCUAAGUAUUAAACAGUAACAGACAUUUUUUUUUCCAUUUUACUAUGCUUAACUGCACGACACUGAUAAUAGAAGGUUUUAUUUGUUGGGGAAAAAAUCUUAAAAUUGCCUCAGCACACUAUAUUUUAAUUACUGAAAUCAAGAAAAGGAGGAAUAUUAAUCCCCAUUAUACUCUGCAAUUUACCGCUUUCAUAUUCUUAUAAUUCUAAUUUUAGUUUUGAUUUUCAACUCUUGGUAUUUUUAUUGUUCUAAUGCGUAUAACAAGGCUUAUUUUGCAAGAAACUAGCCUUUCUUAAGAAGCUUUCUAGGGAGUAGGAGAUAUUCAAAAGGCAUUCUGUUUGCUUUUUUCUAAAGUUACCAAACCUAAGAUCCCUUUUUCUUUUUCCAAAUUUUAUUUUAUGUUAAUAGGUUCUUUUAUUCUUUCUGAUGCACCUUGGAUGACUCGGACAACAGAAAUGAAGAACAUUUUAGUUUGUUCAGCAGCAUUGCAGUUUGAGCAAUCAGUUAAGAGCCUCUUACCUGAUCUUGCUGGCCAGUACAAUAUUACCUCUUCAGACAGUAGUAAAUAUCGAGCACUAAAACAAUGUAGUAAAGAUUCAGUGCUUAGCAAGGUGAACAAACUUGGUAAAAGAGCAGACAGCUUUGCUCAUAGAUUCCGAGAGCACGUGAGACUAGGAUCCAAGAUCACAGAAACUGUAAAGGGAAAGUUGAGCUUGGGAGCUAAAAUUCUUCUAGUAGGUGGAUUAAGGAAGAUCUACAAGCAGUUGUUUAAUGUCAGAGAAGGUGAAAAGUUAUUGAAGGCUGUCCAAUGCUAUUUGUCAACCACAGCAGGACCCAUUGCAGGUCUGCUCUUCAUAUCCACAGAUAAGAUUUCCUUCUGCAGUGACAGAUCAAUCAAAGUUUCUUCCCCCUCAGGAGAGCUAAUUCGAUUCCAUUACAAGGUAGUGAUUCCAGUAGGAAAAAUAGAGAGAAUCAACCAAAGUGAGAAUGUGAAGAAGCCUUCACAGAAGUACAUGGAAAUAGUUACUGUGGAUAAUUUUGACUUCUGGUUUAUGGGGUUCCUAAAUUACCAGAAAACUUUUCAAUAUCUUCAAGAUGUGAUCUCCUCAGAAUGGAAGAACUGCUAGAUGGCUUGGAAGAGUGUCAUAUGAACUGGGAGGAAAUUCACUAUACAAUUUACUCAAUUGUACAAAUUAUUUUGUGAAUGACAAGUUGUUAUGCUAUCUGCUUCUUCAUCCUAUCUCUUCCAAGUGUCAAAAAUUUUACAUCAAAAUCCUUCUGUUUAGACCCA